UUUACAUUUUAGGUAGGUACAUUAUGUCUCCACCCUAUCUAUCUUCUCCACUUUAUUUUUUUUUCUAUCUUGCGUCGAUUCUCUUCAGAACUCCAAAUUUUCUUACGAAACUCAAACUAUAGAAACCAACUAGUUAAUUAAUUCAAAAGCCAAACACGCGAUGGGCAAGCGAAAGCGGACAGAUGUCCCCUCUAACGGAGGGAAAACACAAGAACUUACUAUUCUCAAGAAACCUAAAACCACCGAGUCGUCGUUACAAGCAGAAACAGAAAGCUCUUCCCCGUUGACGAUUCAGGUCGUUACAGGAUCCUAUGAUCGAAUUCUUCACGGAUUGACAGCUACUAUCUCUGCCAACGACGAAGUAGAGUUUGCUGAUACCUUUCUCUUCAAUGCGCAUAGCUCAGCGAUACGAUGCAUAGCCCUCUCACCCCCCUCGGCGCCCGAACCAGGCAAAUUGCAGAAGGUCAUGCUGGCUUCGGGUAGCAGCGACGAGCGUAUCAAUGUCUACAAUAUCUCGGCACACCCGCCCAGCCGCAAAGAUCAAGAUAUAUUUUCCUCCGUUGCCCCUCGAAAGAUAUUAGAAAACCCCAAAAAUCGGGAGCUGGGGACGCUAUUACAUCACUCUUCCACAAUAACCAAGCUAUCCUUUCCUACCAAGUCAAAGCUCAUCUCCGCCUCCGAAGACUCAACCAUAGCUGUCACUAGGACGAGGGACUGGUCACUGCUAUCGACUAUUAAAGUACCUGUACCGAAGCCCCAAGGGAGACCGAGUGGUGAUACGGCGGCCUUGGGUGCGACGCCGGCUGGCGUCAACGAUUUCGCCGUACAUCCCAGCAUGAAGCUUAUGAUCAGCGUGAGCAAAGGCGAGAGAUGUAUGCGACUAUGGAAUUUAAUGACGGCUAAGAAGGCCGGUGUGCUUAAUUUUACCCGAGAGAUACUGCAAGAAGUUGGGGAAGGAAAACAUGCGCUAGGGGAGGGCAGGAAAGUGGUUUGGGGUAGCACCGAAGACGGCGAUGAAUUCUGCAUAGGGUUUGACAGGGACGCGCUGGUGCUCGGUAUGGAUAGCACGCCAAAAUGCAGAGUUAUGCCAGACACGAGAAGGAAGAUUCACGAAAUCCGCUACGUCGAGAUAGACGGCGCGAACGAUUCGUCGCUACUUGCCGUGUCGACCGAAGACGGGAAAAUCAUGUUCUUCUCUACCAAGAGCCAGGAUCUCACCCCGGGAAAAUCGUCUACGGAAGGAAAGGGAAAGACGCCACUGCCAGUAGCCAAGUUGAUUGCGGAGCUUGGCGGAAAGGAAGCCGGGGUUUCUGGACGUAUCAAGGAUUUCAGCGUAGUAAGAUCCUCGAAGGGGAAUGGGGCAGAUAAUAUAUUCAUAGCAGCCGGCAGUAGCGAUGGAAAGCUGCGCGUGUUCAAACUCGCAGUCGCGGAGCUCAAGGAGGCGAUAAAGGCGAAGGCAACGAAGGCCGUGGGCAAAUUACUCGGUACUUACGAGACCCAGAACAGGAUAACGUGCGUGGAGGCAUUUGCAAUGAUACCCCGGCCGGAGAGCGUAGAGGAGAGUGAAGACGAGACGGAGGAUAGCUCGGAGGAUGAGGAAAACGAAGAUGACGAUGAAGAUGAGAAGUAAUGAAUUAAAGCCCGUGCAUAACGAAUGUCGCAUCACGUUGUCAAAUAUAGGUACCUACCUUGUAAUAAUCUCCCCGGGCUAGAGAUCCGAGUACGAUUUAAAGUGAGGAUUAUAUUACCAUAGGUAUGAUAUACUAGGUUAGAGGUACUUAUCAAUUGGUGUCGAAAGGAGGUUUUGAGGCUGAGGAGGGCAAUAAUUAAUACCCCAUCCAUUAUUAGAGUUAACCUGGUUUUCUCAUCUCGGAGAUAUACGUAAACCUUCUAGAAAGACGACAUGGUCUGAUAAAUAGGGGUAAGCCCUUUUUUUUGGUCUUAUCCAUUAGUUACCCACCUAUACAUUUCCUUUCAUCAACCAUGCGCUUCUUUUCAUGAACUGACCUAGACGUUCCCGGGCUUGGGAGUUGAUUGAAACGUCGACCCUCUUUUGUAGCGAAUGCCGCAUGGGAGGUUGUACCGCAUUAAAAAAUAGCGAUAGAUAAAAGCCGUUUGCUUGUUUUUCUUUGGCGCCACGGCAUAUAUACCUACCUAGGUAUAUUAUAUUACAUACCUCCUCAAUACA